AAUACAACGCAUCAUCACUCACAUGGAUGGUUUAAAUUCAAUUUGUUUGUGAUUUUAGUGAUCAAAGAAAUGGUUAUACCAUUACGUUUUUACUAGUGAUUCAAUAGGACUUUUUAUCAAUUUAUUUAAAAUAAUUAUAACUAAUUUAUAUCUAAAAAGCAAGUUCCACUCUUAGUUUAACAUUUAAACGUAGUUAUGGAAGAACCUAAAAGUAAAAAGCGCCGGGUUGAUGAUGUUGGUCAGAAUAAAUUAGGAUUUUCAAAAGACAAAAACAAGAUAAAUAAAAAACAAGAACACUAUCAUGAAAAACAAAAAAAGCAUAUCCCAAAGUUUCGUUUAAAAACAGCUGGAGAAUGUGCUUCAAUUUUAACAUCGCCAAAUGAUCGUGUCCCUCUCCUGUUAACUGACAUUCAACAUCUUCUAUUGCACUCAUUGCUGGGAAAUUUAAACUUGUCACAGCCACCUCGUUGGUAUGUGUUGGAUAAAUGUGAUCAUAUUUGUCAAACAACAUGCCUCAUUUUAGAAGGUAUUUCCGUGUUACACUGGGAAAAAUAUUCAGAGAAAUUUGUCAAUGUGCAUAAUAUUUUUGAUAAUUUCGUGGAAAUUCUAACCCCCUCUAUUUAUAAUGGAUCUCUUGUACAAGAGUUGGCUCUUGUCCCUUUAUCUGAGGUAGAUAAAGAGGACAUCAUACAAAAAUAUGGAAGUAUGAACUUGGCUUUAGAAGCAAGAAAAGAUCUGAUGGUGAUGAUGAAAGCAGUGUUUCCAAUUGAAGAUAAUAAUGCACCAAUUGUAUAUGAUAUGUUACAAGAUAAGUUUCCUAGAACUCAAUUAAUACUUUCUGCUUGGCAACUUAUUGAAGAAAACUACCCAAUGCCAUUAAAAGGUAAAUUGAAAAAUGCCUAUUCAGACUAUGUUAUGACAAAAGAUGUGUAUGAACCAGUGACAGCAAAGUCUCCUCUGUUUGGAUUGGACUGUGAGAUGUGCAUGACUAGUGCAGGGUCAGAACUGACUAGAGUGUCUAUAGUCAAUGAGAAACAUGAAACUAUUUAUGAGUCAUUUGUGAAACCUUAUAAUGAUAUAACAGAUUAUCUCACACGCUACUCAGGCAUCACAAAAUGUUUACUUAAUGAUGUUACAAAAAGAUUAGAAGAUGUACAAAAUGAUAUACGAGACCUCCUUCCUGCUGAUGCAAUUUUAGUUGGCCAGUCUUUGAAUUUAGAUCUCCAUGCUUUGAAAAUGAUGCAUCCUUAUGUUAUAGAUACUAGUUUAAUAUAUAAUUUUACUGGAGAGAGAACCCGUAAACCAAAACUAAAGGCAUUGGCAAGAGAAUUUCUAAAAGAGGAUAUACAGAAUGGAAAAAAAGGACACUGUUCAGUUGAAGAUUCUUUGGCUGCAUUGAAGUUGGUUCAGCUAAAACUUAGUCAAAGUAUAGAAUUUGGAGAUGCUGUACACACCAACAGGCAGAAAUACAAAGAGAAUGCUUUCAAAAUUACCAAGACUAAAGAUAUCGCUUUGUCCAUAUUUAACCAUAUGAUAGAGCAAAAUAAAACAUCUUUAGUAAUUGGAUGUGAUAAUAUAACAGGUGAUUAUCAUACUUAUUUAACUAGGGCAAGGGAAAGUAUUAUUACACAUCUGAAGAAAAGCAAACAGAAGAAGGUAAAAUUGAAUACCAUGGAUGAUGUUGAACAAGUUGUUGAUGCUCUGUCAAAAGCUACUAAAGAAUAUAAUUUUUCUAUGGCACAUCUGAAAUUAGAUUUUGACAGUCAAUCGGAAUUAGAGCAAAUGCAACAAGUUGAUGUUAUUGUUAGAUGGAUAGCUAAAAUCUGGAAUUGUCUGAAGCAGAGUGCUGUGUUUGUUGUAGUGCUUGGUGGCACUGCCAGUGAUAAUGGAGUUGCUAUGGUAAAAGUAAAAAGUAGUAUGUCAUAGUUUUAUUAUGUAGGUGAUAGAAUAAAAUGAUCUU